AUGCUUCGAAAACCAAAGACCAUCACCACCAGCAAAACUGCGCCCAAAACUCUCAAGCCUCAGAAGGCCAGGCAACUAAUUCGCAGAUUCCACAACCUCCAGAAAUGGAAGGCCAUUCUUCUCAAAAGACUCCAGCUCCAAUACCCGGAUUUAGAUGAAAAACUGUAUCUGAAGAGUCUCGGGUCUGCAUAUACACUGCAUUACCAUCUGUUUAGAUUGCCCAAAGCUACCGAAACAACUCCGGAUUCUGCUAUUACAGAUAGCAAGGCGCCAGCGGCAAAAGUCAUUGAAUGCCUAGCGAGAAUUGACGCGGAAAUCGACCAAAGAGGUGGCCUUCAUGUCUACCAAAUGGCCUCAACUGUGGGCCAGGAUCACCAGCGUGGAGGAGACUCGCUGAAAUGGCUCGUCAAGUGGUUUGAGCAACAGACCCGUCGUGCAUCAUCAACACUCGAAAUCGGCUGCCUAUCGGCAUCAAACGCUAUUCUGACAUGUGGCCGGUUUGGCGAUAUGACUAGAAUUGAUCUAAAUUCCCAGAGCCCUCAAAUUUUGCAACAGGACUUCAUGGAAAGACCACUCCCAAAGUCCAAGAAUGAUCUUUUCGACGUGAUAUCAUGCUCUUUGGUGCUAAAUUUUGUACCGAGUGCCUCUCAAAGAGGAGAAAUGCUCCAUCGCAUGACGCAAUUUCUUCGUGAGCCUACCUCCGCCUUAUUUUUAGUCCUUCCGCUUCCAUGCUUGUCAAACUCGCGGUACUUCGAUCGUGAAUGUCUCAAUGAGGUCAUGACUAGUUUGGGCUUUGAAGAGGUUCAAAGCCACGAGGCAAAGAAAGUCAUAUAUUUGCUUUACAACUGGAAGGGGAAAAGUGCCAUGACGCAAUUAUCGGCACGCAAAAAGCGUGAAAUACACUCUGGGCCCACUCGCAAUAAUUUCUAUAUUGACAUGAACCAGAAGUGA